CAGAUUAUGCAUUGAUGUGUUGGAAAAAGAAAUGCUUAGAAAUCCACUAGCUGGUACUCUGUGUAUGUCAUCAAUGGUGGUGGCAGAUGAUUUGAUUAUGAAGCUGCUGAUCCUUGAAAAUAGAGUGGCAUUUGCACAAAUAUUAUUUCCCCAAGAAGCUAUGCUAGCAAUGGAAAUAGCCAAUGUGCAUUCAACCUCAGCACCUGAAUUCUCGCGUCCAAAUAGGAUUGAUUUGAAUGAGAUACCAUAUGGGCAAGUGAAACGACUUCAAUUGCGGCUACAAGCCCUGCAAAAAUCAGAUUUUACAAUUAGAGGUUCUGAGUACAAGAGCUUGCAAGAUCAGCAACUUGAAACUAGGGGGCUGUACGAGGAGUUGAUAGCCCAAAUGAAAGACUUGCGUAAAUGAUAGACUUCAAAAAAGUUUAGCUUAAUAUUUUGAUCGUGAGAAGGCUGAUGCAUAUGCUGCUAGAGAUGAUUGAAAUCUGACCUGGUUCCGUAGUCUAUACUUUAGUUUAGAAAUCUAGUACUCUAUCUUUUGGGAAGGAUAUGUAUUGGCCAUUAUUACUUAUGCUGAUUAUGUGGGAUUACUAUAUUCCCAACAUUUACGGUUCACUUUUGUUUUGAUUAAUUUAUAGAUGUGUUAUGGCCAAAUAUAUGACUUUGCGG